ACGGGUGACAUCAAGCUCUAUCAAUUAUUCUUGCUUAGUGAAAAAUUCAAAUAUGGGAUAGUGAGAAAAGAUGAGAAGAUAGAACUAGCAAAACUUUUGGAUCGUGUUCCUAUUCCAAUCAAUGAAAGUUUAGAAGAGCCCAGUGCAAAGAUUAAUGUGUUGUUUCAUCUGAGGUGGUCUUCAUUACCCAAGUUUGUUAUUAGUAAUGGAUGGCUUAUGCAACCACUUUUUGAGGUUGUCUUGAGAAGGGGAUGGACACAAUUAGCUGAGAAGGUUUUGAAUCUAUGCAAAAUGAUUAGCAAGAGGAUGUGGAGUGUUCAAACAACUCGCAAAAUGGUUAGCAAGAGGAUGUGGAGUGUCCAAACACCCCUUCAACAAUUUAAUGGGAUUUCAAAUGAAAUUUUGAUGAAGUUGGAGAAGAGGGAUAUUGUUUGGGAACACUUGUACACUUGUGUU